GAAAUUGAUAAUGCACAAAACCCCACACAAACAUGAAGUAUUUUUUAUUGUGCUUGUGGACUUGGGUGUUGUUGGUAUUGAUAGGGAAUGGAAGGAGCAUGGGGUGCUUGGAAGAAGAGAGGAAUGCACUCCUCAAGAUUAAGGCCACCUUCAACCACCCAAACGGGUCUUCUCUUCCGUCUUGGGGAGACGACGAUGGUGACUAUUGCAGCUGGGAAGGCAUCGAGUGCGAUAACACCACUUCACGAGUAACUCAACUAGUUCUGAGCUAUAUACGCGAUUUUGAAUUGCGAGAAUACGGCCCUUGGGUUAUUGAUGCGUCUCUAUUCCUACCUCUGGAGGAACUUCAAGUGUUGGAUUUGAGGAAUAAUUGUCUCUCAGAUUUAAAUGGAACGCUGCACUUGAAGAAAUUGAAUCGACUUGAUCUAUCUUUCAAUAAUCUGGAACGAGUCCCCUCAUUGUACAAGAAAACUUCAACAGAGGCUCAACAAUUGUCUUCCAAUCAGCCUAAAGGUGUGAAUUUGGAGGUAUUGGAUCUUGGAAAGAACAAUUUGGCCAAUGACGCCCUCACGGACAUUAUGAGGAUAACAUCUCUCAAGGCCUUGUACAUCAAUCAAUGUGGAUUGAACGCAUCUUCGAAGUUUCUGGAAGGUACUCCUGCGAAAAUGCUUUCAUCUAUCACCUUGUUAAAAAUAAGAUAAGAUUUUCUUGAACAUAGAAGGCAUGACUGCAUUAUAUAUUAGGCGUUCUCCAGAGAUCAUAUUUUGACCGCACAUUUGCUUCAAAUAACUUAGC